AUGGCACUUGCAAUUCCUCAUGCCGCGAGUUCGGCGGCGUGCUGGCGUGCUGGCUGGCUGGCUGCAACCACCGCCACUAACACGCCCGCCCGCAUCCAUCUUCGUCGCCGACGCCCACUGAAAAGCCGCCCGCAGAAACGGACUCUCAAGGCGACGACAGCGCAUACCCAGGAGGCAACUAACCUAAUGGCAUAA